AUGGCCAAGGAAACUUCUUUGAAAAAGAAUGCUAAGGUCUCCGAGUCCGAGAAGCCUCUGCCCUUGCCUCGUCCUGGCACUUCUGGCACGGAGAACUUGCUCAUCACAAACAGGCGCCAGGCGUCAGAGCAAUACAUCAAAGCCCAGCGUGCCGAGAAGGCUUACCGAGCUAAAAAGCAUGCUACCCUUGCCCGCUAUAACUACAAUGAGACCAAGGCACAUUUCAAGGAGUCAUUCUCGCACUUUAAACAGGGUGUAAAGGGUCUGGUCUCCGUGGUCAAGGCGGUCCCGCAUCUCAUCGGCGAGAAGCGAGAGCAGAGACGCAAGCAGGCCGACACCAAGAAGCGACAGCGUGACCUCGAGAAGAAAAAGAAGCUCGACGAGGCUCUGGCUCGUCAAUCACAGGACGCUGAAGAAGACAGGUCGGACGAUGAGUUGUAA